UGGCAAUUUCCUAACCCUAAAAAAAACCUAUAAAUUUCCUCCAAUCUUCACCAUAUUUUUUCCAAUUUAUUUUUAGAUUUGAUCUCUUUUGUUACAAUUUUUUUAAAAUUAAUUUUGCUCAAAUUUCAUUUUUGUUUUUGAUGGUGGAAAUUUUCAAGAAUUUGUUGAUGAUUACUCCUUUAUCUCCAAUUAGGGAGAUCUCAAUUUCUUCUUCCUUUUGCUUUGCAUCUUGCAAAGAAGGUUGGUAUUAUCGUUCCAUUGGCCUUGAUCCUUGAGCCACCCAUUGCACGAAUCUAAUUUGGCCUACGCACCAUAGAAACUGUCUACCUGAGACUGUCUCAGUUGGCUCGUAGGCCAUUAUCAUAUUGCUAGACCCCAAAUAUUACCAUUAUUUUUGUUUAUUUUUAACGAAUUUGAGAUUAAUUCAUACAAUGUUGCUUUACAAGACGAAGAAGAUUCAACCCGGGAAAGGAAACCGGUUAUUGAUUAGUAUAACGGUUGUUGGUAGUGCUGGACCGAUCCGUUUUGUUGUUAAUGAAAAAGAGCUUGUUGCUAAUGUUAUUGAUAUUGCAUUGAAAAAUUAUGCUCGUGAAGAAAGGCUUCCUGUGCUUGGAUCAAAUUUUAAUAAUUUCAUGCUGUAUUGUCCAACCGUUGCAACAGAAGUUUUGAGUCCAUGGGAGACAAUUGGAUCACUUGGUGUUCGUAACUUUGUGCUGGUCAAGAAGCCGCAGGCUGAGAAGUCAAUUCUUGAUGGGAAUCAAGUAGUUAUGGCUCGGAAGGGAUCUGGAAGUUGGAAGGCAUGGUUCAAUAAAUCACUCAGUCGCAAGAUAGUUUCUUGUUGAACAGAGUCUCGACGUGAAGUAAUCUAUAAUUCUUGUUGGUUUUUUUCUUCAUGUGUCUGUUUCCUUACUCCUAUGUUGUAGUUCCACUAGACCUGUUAAAAUGUGAAACCUUGUUGGUGUUUUCGUAAUGGAAAAUUAAAGCUUUUAUCAGUUA